AUGGCACCCGUAGUGUACCUCGUGUCUGGAUCGAACCGCGGCAUCGGAUUCGGUCUCGUAAAGGCUCUCUCUGCCCGCGACAACACGAUCGUGUUCGCUGGCGCGCGCGAUCCAGACGCCGCCAAGGGCCUACACGCGCUCGCGGGAGAACGGCCGGGGAAAUUGCAUAUCGUCAAGCUUGUGUCGGGCGAUGCGAAGGGUAAUGAGGAGGCUGUCGCUCUCAUCAAGGAGAAAGCGGGCCAUCUGGACGUCGUCAUCGCGAAUGCCGGUAUCAACCAGUCGUGGGCGCCGUUAUUCAACACCACAGAAGACAGUCUGCGCAAGCAUUUCGAGGUGAACGUGGUCGGCACUCUCGUCCUCUUCAAAGCCGCCUUGCCCCUCCUCAAAGCGAGCUCCGCUGCGUCCAAGUUCAUUAUGAUCAGCUCGCAGGGUGGAGGCCUUGAACGUGGCGCAGCGAUGCCGUUCGACAUUGGCGCGUACGGAAUCUCUAAAGCCGCCGAGAACUACCUCGCGCGCAAGCUGCACUUCGAGCACGCGAACGAUGGUCUGGUGGUGUUCCCGAUUUGCCCUGGCGCUGUAGACACCGACAUGGGCCAAUUUGCUGCCGAGCACGAUGAACGGAUGCGCGCCACCCCGUACAAAACCGUUGACGAGACCGCCGUCCAUUUGUUAAAUGUUAUAGAUAACGCGACUCGAGAGCACGAAGGUGGCCAGUUUAUGAACUUCGACGGGGUGAAGAACCCGUGGUAG